AUGGCCGAUACAGAACACCAAGAGCCAGCAGAGCCCCAAUCCAGACAUGUAAUCUAUUGCGGAGUUUGUUCAUUACCCCCAGAGUACUGCGAGUUCGGCGGCACAGUCAAGAAAUGCCAGGAAUGGCUCCAGAAAACAAAUGAAGAAAUGUACGACCGUUUAUGGUCUGAAGACGCCCUAGCAGCAGCUACCUCAACCCUCUCCCUCGACGCCCGCAAACGCGCCGAGAAAGACGCCCACAAAAAAGCGCUGAAGGCCGAAGCCGCGGAGCUCAAACAAGCACAGACGCUGUCGUCCUCCAAGGUCAUAAUCAAGCGCGUCGAGCGUAACAAGCGCAAGUACGUUACUGCUGUGAGCGGGCUGGAGGCGUUCGGCCUGGAGAAUAAAAAGGUGGCCAAGGAUUUCGGGAAGAAGUUCGCGACGGGGGCCAGUGUGACCAAGUUGCCGAGUGGGGGGGAGGAGAUUGUCGUGCAGGGGGAUGUGAGUGAAGAGAUCGAGGAGUUCAUCUUGGAGAAGUAUGGGGUUGUUCCUGAAGACAACAUCGAAUUGAUAGAAAGUAAGAUCAAGAAGGGUAGUGGAGCUGGCUAG